CCCCGGAACCAGCGCCCGGGCCCGGUAUGGCGGAGGCGGGGGAGGCGGCCGUGCUGGCCUGGAUGGACCAGGCGCUAGAAAUGGCUAAGGAGGCGCUGGAGAAAGGGGAGGUUCCCGUGGGCUGCCUGCUGGUCUACAACGGCGAGGUCAUAGGCAGGGGCAGGAACGAGGUGAACGAGACGAAGAACGCUACUCGACAUGCAGAAAUGGUGGCAAUCGACCAGGUCCUUGACUGGUGCAAGCAACACAAGAGGGAUUACAGGGAAGUGUUUCCGCAGCUGGUGCUGUACGUAACUGUAGAGCCCUGUAUCAUGUGUGCAGCUGCUCUGCGCUUGAUGAAAAUUCCACGUGUCGUGUAUGGCUGUCGAAAUGAGCGAUUUGGAGGCUGUGGCUCCGUUUUGAGCAUCUCGUCUGAUGAUAUGGUGGACUCAGGAGACCCAUUUGAAUGCUCUUCUGGCUAUCGUGCUGAAGAAGCAGUGGAAUUGUUAAAAGCUUUUUACAGACAAGAAAAUCCCAAUGCACCAAAAUCCAAAGUACGGAAAAAGGAUCGUCGUCAGUAGCCCUACCCUGGUGGGACACAGAAGCUUACCAAAAAAUUAUAUGUGAAGGUUUCUUCAGCAUGCUGCUUUUUUAAAAUGUGCAGUUCAAACAAACUAUCUUUAAUUUUCUCUACAGAGUUUUUACUAAUAGGAUACUUAGUACCUGUUCCUGCAUUUCUAUAUUUAUGAUUUCUUGUUAUCAUGACAAAACAAAAGACUAAAUGGCUGUUUUUAGAAAGAGGAAAAUUGGUGGUUCAAGUCCACUUGUUUACAGACAGAUCCAUUAAAAUGGUGCUUUUGUACAUCACAUUCUAGAAUUUUUUUUUUCCUUCUAUGUGUGGAGAAGCAACUUGCUUUUCAAUAGCAAAUGUUUGCUUAGGCAAGCAAGUAACUCUCUUGGAAGGUUACAUUUGUAAUUCCUUUACAGUUGUGUGUAUAUUUAUUCAAAAGGCAUAUAAAGGAAUUGUACAGUCCUUGAAGACUUAGGACAAUUGCAAAUGCUUCCUCAUUUUUUUCUACCUUAGCAUAAGCUAGGUUUUCAAAGGUAAUUUUUGAAAGUCACAUAUCUGUGUAGACAGGGACAUACACACAAUCACAUGUCUGUUUGUGUCUGCUGUUGCUUAAUAAGGAUAAACAAAUAUCGCUUGGCUGCACAGCACCUUCAUACAAAGUUGUGGAGAAACUCUCCACAACUCUCUUUAGACUGUCUACUCCUCUUGUGAAUAUCAGGAUAAGAAAUACUUUAUUUUUAAGAAUCCACUAAGAAGUUGUUCUGAGCUCCUAAAUUCUAAAAAUUAUAUACUAAAUAUAUCUAUAUAAUAUAUAUAUUAUAUAUAUAAAAAUAAUUAUGUACUAAAUUAUAGUAAACAAAGUGGGCAAAUACAAGUGAAAACCUGGAAAUGAAGUUGGUAAUAACAUGAAUAAAAUACAUUUAAGACACUUAUCUUUUCAUAGUGCUGGUUGGCUUUGUCAUUUCCGUGUACUUUGCUUGGCCAUGCAGUAAUUUAUAAUCCAGAAGAGGGCCUUCAAGUUCCACUAAUGAAUUAAGAAUACGAGUACGGUUCAGUCUUGAUUGUGUACCUCUUAGUGGAUACUUACAUGAAGGAUGAAAUUGUUGGUAGUUUAUUUUAUGCAGAAGAGUGUUCAAAAUUUUGUAGCUAUAAAAACUGAAUACAGUUAAAUUUUUUAGAUAUUUUAAAUAAAUACUUUCAAAAUGUUUUUAAGGAGAAUAUUAAAAGCAUUACUUUGUCACCAUUGCUCUUAAUAACUUUCAAUUUGUAUUUCAUGUUUUUACUUAAUGUUUACAAAAUGACAUGGGAAAGAAGUGUUUUUACCAUAAUAGCUAUUUUCAGAGUUUAGAAAUUAUAUUUUUGCCUUAAGCCCUUUAACUCAUGUCAGUAGCCUGUCCUAUUCUCCUGACCAUUACUUAGAGCUAUCUUUGAGUCCUUGCCAUUCCAUAAACAAAAGUUAUUACUGUGUUUGUAGAUUUAAUCUGCCUCAGAGCUUGAAUGGCUUGUGAACCAGACAGCUAAGCUGGAAAAGCUAUUUAGGAAAAGACCAUUUUUAAUGACUGGGAUGGCUUUAUUGGAAAGAAACAGGCAUGCUUGUGUUUAUGGUAUUUGGCUGGUGAUAGAAUAUGGCAAUUUAUCACUAUAGAUAUAUUCACAUCUCAGCUGGACCAUAACUUUUUUAUACCUUGAAGAAAUCACUGAAGUCCAAAUUAAAGACAUCAGACAUCUGGCUCAUCACUGACAUCAGUGACAGUAGGAAUCGGAGCCUUCAUUCUGUUUUGAACCAGGACCUAAAUCUCUCAACAUUGUUUCUUUUUCAGAGGGGCUAUGAACACUUUCCUUUCCCAUUGCUUUCAGAAGGAUGGAACAUGUGUGACAGUAGGAGCCAUGUAAAUAAGUAGAAAGAUUACUGGUAGUAGGACAAAACACAUUUUAAAAGCUUUGUCCAAUUUUUCAGCCCUUAAGUUGGAACAGGAUUUUUUUGUCAAUGGUAACCUGUCACUUAAUAAACAGUUUGAGUCUUGUGCAAAGCCAAAA